UUCAAAUGUAAAACUCCCGCCACCGGGAGCAAGUGGCGCUAGCCGGUGUGUUUUGGAUUUGCGGUUGCCGCAGCGACCGAGAUGCAGUUUUCAGGAAUCCACAGGAAGAGGCUGAGGCUGGGUGAUCAGAAGAAUGCUAGCUACCCUCAUAGCCUUCAAUUCUACCUGCAACCGCCUACUGAAAACAUCUCUUUGAUAGAGUUUGAAAACCUGGCUAUUGAUAGAGUUAAGUUACUCAAGACAGUGGAAAAUCUUGGGGUGAGCUAUGUGAAAGGAACUGAGCAAUACCAGAGUAAGCUGGAAGCCGAGAUUCGGAAGCUCAAGUUUUCCUACAGAGAAAACUUAGAAGGUGAAUAUGAGCAACGGAGAAGAGAUCAUAUUUCUCACUUUAUUUUGCGUCUUGCUUACUGCCAGUCUGAAGAUCUUAGACGCUGGUUCAUUCAGCAAGAAAUGGAUCUCCUUCGGUUUCGCUUUAGUAUUUUACCCAAGGACAAGAUUCAGAGUUUCUUAAAGGAUAGCCAUCUGCAUUUUGAGGCUAUAAGUGAUGAAGAUAAGAUUCAGCGAGAACAGGAGAUUAUUGCCUCAUCACCAAGUUUAAGUGGGACUCAAUUGGAAUUGGAGUCAGUUUAUAAGAUCCCGUUUGCUGAUGCUCUGGAUUUGUUUCGAGGGAGAAAAGUCUAUUUGGAAGAUGGCUUUGCACUUGUGCCUCUUAAGGACAUUGUAGCAAUCAUCCUCAAUGAAUUUAGAGCGAAGCUUUCCAAGGCUUUAGCAUUAACAGCCAGGUCGUUGCCAACUGUGCAGUCUGAUGAGAGACUCCUACCUUUGCUCAACCACCUCAGUCAUUCCUACACUGGUCAAGAUUAUAACACACAGGGGAAUACUGGGAAGAUUUCCUUGGAUCAGAUUGAUUCGUUUUCUACCAAGUCAUUCCCACCUUGCAUGCGCCAGUUACAUAAAGCCUUACGGGACAAUCACCAUCUUCGUCAUGGAGGGCGAAUGCAGUAUGGCCUCUUCCUGAAGGGCAUUGGUUUAACGUUGGAACAAGCAUUGCAAUUCUGGAAGCAAGAGUUUAUCAAAGGAAAUAUGGACCCUGACAAGUUUGAUAAAGGUUAUUCUUACAACAUCCGCCAUAGCUUUGGAAAGGAAGGCAAGAGGACAGAUUAUACGCCUUUCAGUUGUAUGAAGAUUAUCCUAACCAAUCCACCAGGCCAGGGGGAUUAUCAUGGGUGCCCAUUCCGUCACAGUGAUCCGGAGCUUCUGAAACAGAAGUUACAGUCAUACAAGAUCUCUCCCGGAAGGAUAAGCCAGAUUUUGGAUUUAGUCAAGGGGACACAUUAUCAAGUGGCUUGUCAGAAGUACUUCGAGAUGAUACAUAAUGUGGAUGAUUGUGGGUUUUCUUUGAAUCAUCCUAACCAGUUCUUUUUUGAGAGCCAACGGCUUCUAACUGGUGGCAAAGACAUCAGGAAGGAACCUGUUCAGCCAGAAACUCCUCAGCCCAAACCAAGUGUCCAGAGAAACAAGGAUGCCUCUUCUGCUCUGGCCUCCUUAAAUUCCUCGAUGGAAAUGGACAUGGAAGACCUUGAAGAUUACUUCAGUCAGUGAUUCCUGGAUGUGCUAGCAAUCAUUUUUCACUCAUUAUCUUUCUUUAGGCUUUUAA